UCAUUGACUUUUGCUUGGCCGGUUAUACAGACUCACUCGUGAAGAUCCGGAGGUACGAAGCGGAGAGGAGUCCGAGGUCCGAGUUUAAAUCUGAGGUCAUCGGCUAGUUUAAAGCAGUUUAUAAGUUUAAUAGUCGGCGUUAGGGGUGGGUUAAAAGGUGUAGUUUACCUCAGGGGGGGUUUUUUAGAGAGAAUAAACCAAGUGAGAGGUGAUAAAGUGAAGUUUAUUGUUGGUGCUGUGGCGGUGUUGUGAGACAGACCCUGGUGUUUUCGGUGUGAAAUCGUCAUGGCGUGUGGAGCCACUCUCAAACGCUCUCUGGAGUUCGACCCGGUGAUGAACCAGAACUCCCCGAAGCGGAGGCGCUGUGCCCCGGUGUCUCCCUCUUCCUCCCCGCGGAAAUACCUGCGUCUCGAGCCCUCACCUUUCAGCCAGGUGAACACCACGCCCACUCCAGAACAAAUUCUUCACAGCAUUAAACAAGAAUAUAAACGGAUGAAGAGAAGACACCUAGAGAACAACUUCACAGAUUCUACUAUUGACUCGCAGCCCAGUACAUCCAUCACUGGUGUGUGUGUGGGCUCCUUGUCUCCCUCUAAGAGAGAACAGCCGUUGUUCAGCCUGAAGCAGGUGGGUCUGAUCUGUGAGCGUCUGCUGAAGGAGAGAGAGGAGAAGGUGCGAGAGGAGUUUGAGGAAACUCUCACUGCUAAACUGGCAGAACAAUACGACAUGUUUGUGAAGUUCACUCAUGAUCAGCUCAUGCGCAGGUUUGGAGAGCAGCCUGCUAGCUAUGUGUCGUGAGUGUGUGUGUGUGUGUGAGUGUGUGUGAGUGAGUGAGUGUGUGUGUGUGUGUGAGUGUGUGUGUGUGUUUUCAGCGUGUGAGCUCCACCGGUGCUGCUGUGUGUUGUCAGGAGACGCUGAGCCUGACCUCCUCAGAUUCCAUGUCAAUGUUACAGACUCUCAGAACUGCCUAUGGUGCUGAUGGACACUUCAGCUGUGUGUGUGUGUGUGUGUGUGUGUGUGUGUGUUUUCAGUAAAACAGAGGCUCAUUUCAUCCUCUCUGAUAUUUAUUACACUCUCCUUUCUUCUUUUGAUGCCUUUUAAAACGAAAUGUUUUUUUAAUUUUGUUUUUUUCCUCCAAUUGUGUGUGUGUGUGUGAGUCUGGGUGUGUGUGAGUCUGGGUGUGUGUGAGUCUGGGUGUGUGUGAGUCUGGGUGUGUGUGAGUCUGGGUGUGUGUGAGUCUGGGUGUGUGUGAGUCUGGGUGUGUGUGAGUCUGGGUGUGUGUGUGAGAGAAAUUCUUGUGUUAAAUUGCAUAAUCAUGUACAAACCCCUCGUAUAUUUUGAUUGAAGUUGCAUUAUAAUUUUUUGUUUUAAAUUAUUUUAUCUCCCCUCCUCCUCUCUCCUCCUCUCUCCUCUCUCCUCCCUUCCUCCUCUCUCCUCCCCUCCUCCUCUCUCCUCCUCUCUCCUCUCUCCUCCCUUCCUCCUCUCUCCUCCUC